UCGAGGCAGCACAGCCCCCUGUCCUCCACACCGGGUUUCUGUGGCAGUUACAACUACCGUCCUCGCCCUCCCGCUCACGGGCUCACUUCUCAAGACCGAGCUUACCGAGAGGGAAGCCCCGAGGAGCAGGAAAGAAAGCGGAGGGCGACAUGACUCGUUCCCAGGUGCUGUUGACCUUCAGGGAUGUGGCUGUAGAAUUCUCUCAGGAGGAGUGGGAGUGCCUGGACCCUGCUCAGAGGGCCUUGUACAGGGACGUGAUGCUGGAGAACUACAGGAACCUGGUCUCCCUGGAUACUUCUGUUAGAAGUGUGAUUAAGGAAUUAUCAGCAAAAGAGGAUAUUAACAAAGAAGAAUUAUUCCAAACAUUGAUGUUGGAAAGACACAAAAAAAAUGACAUCAAAGAUUUCGGUUUCAGAGAGGUCCAGCAAAAUAUGCAUGAGUUUGAGAGUCAGUAUGGAUAUAAUGAAACAAAUUACAAAGGAGUAACUGCAGCCCAUAACCAUAAUUUCACUGGUAGAGGAGAUCAACAGCAUAACAGAUCCUGGAAUAUUUUCCCUCUAAAGCAGGAUGUUUCUGUAAGAAAAAGUACUUAUCAAUCUUACAAAUAUGAGAAGUCAUAUAAAAGAUAUUUGUUAAAACUAAAAAAUAACAUAAUGUGUACAGGAAACAAAUAUAUAAAAUGUUUUGAAAAUGGAAUUGGAUUAAGAUUUCAGUCACAUAUGACUGACCUUCAGAAGUUUCAAACUAAAGAGAAAAUUUAUGCACGUUAUCAAGUUGAGAGGUUGAUCAACAGUAGUUCUGCUUCACCACUUGAAAGAAUUCCUUCUGGCAUCAACAUUAGCAUUUGUAGUAAAUCCGGGAAACUUUUUAUUCAUCAUCCAUUACUUACAUAUCAAAAAACACAUAGUAAUGCAGAGCCUUACAAAUGUAAUUAUUGUGGGAAGACUUUUAGAGGAAGCUCAAACCUCACCAAUCAUCAGAGAAUUCAUUCUGGGCAGAAACCUUACAAAUGUAAUGAGUGUGACAAAUCCUUUAACCGCAUCUCACACCUCACUAGACACCAGAGGAUCCAUACCGGAGAGAAACCAUAUAAAUGUGAUGUGUGUGGCAAGGUCUGUAGUCAACAUUCAAAUCUUAUAAUUCAUCAGAGAGUUCACACAGGAGAGAAGCCUUACAAAUGUAAUGAGUGUGGCAAAGCCUUUACCCAAUUUGCAAAACUUACUAGACAUCAGAGAAUCCAUACCAGAGAGAAACCAUACAAGUGUAAUAUAUGUGGCAAGGGCUGUAGUCAAAAUUCAAAUCUUGCACGGCAUCAGAAAAUUCAUACGGGAGAGAAACCUUACAAAUGUAAUGAGUGUGGCAAGGCCUUUUCUGAGUAUUCAAGCCUUACUCGACAUAAACGAAUCCAUUCUGGAGAGAAACCUUAUAAAUGUAAUGAAUGUGGAAAGACUUUUAGAGGAAGCUCAAAUCUCACCAAUCAUCAGAGAAUUCAUUCUGGGCAGAGACCUUACAAAUGUAAUGAGUGUGACAAAUCCUUUAACCGCAUCUCACAUCUCAUUAGACACCAGAGGAUCCAUACCGGAGAGAAACCAUAUAAAUGUGAUGUGUGUGGCAAGGUCUGUAGUCAGUAUUCAAAUCUUGUAAUUCAUCAGAGAGUUCAUACAGGAGAGAAGCCUUACAAAUGUAAUGAGUGUGGCAAAGCCUUUAUGGAGCGUUCAAGCCUUACCCAACAUGAGAGAAUCCAUAGUGGGGAAAAGCCUUACAAAUGUGAAGAAUGUGACAAAGCCUUUACCCAAUUUGCAAAACUUACUAGACAUCAGAGAAUCCAUACCAGAGAGAAACCAUACAAGUGUAAUAUAUGUGGCAAGGGCUGUAGUCAAAAUUCAAAUCUUGCACGGCAUCAGAAAAUUCAUACGGGAGAGAAACCUUACAAAUGUAAUGAGUGUGGCAAGGCCUUUUCUGAGUAUUCAAGCCUUACUCGACAUAAACGAAUCCAUUCUGGAGAGAAACCUUAUAAAUGUAAUGAGUGUGGAAAGACUUUUAGAGGAAGCUCAAAUCUCACCAAUCAUCAGAGAAUUCAUUCUGGGCAGAGACCUUACAAAUGUAAUGAGUGUGACAAAUCCUUUAACCGCAUCUCACAUCUCAUUAGACACCAGAGGAUCCAUACCGGAGAGAAACCAUAUAAAUGUGAUGUGUGUGGCAAGGUCUGUAGUCAAUAUUCAAAUCUUAUAAUUCAUCAGAGAGUUCAUACAGGAGAGAAGCCUUACAAAUGUAAUGAGUGUGGCAAAGCCUUUAUGGAGCGUUCAAGCCUUACGCAACAUGAGAGAAUCCAUAGUGGGGAAAAGCCUUACAAAUGUAAAGAAUGUGACAAAGCCUUUAACCAGUCUUCUAACCUUGUCAUACAUCAGAUAAUUCAUACUGGAGAGAAGCCUUACAAAUGUAAUGAGUGUGACAAAGCCUUUAACGUGUGUUCAAGUCUUGUCCGACAUCAAAGAAUCCAUACUGGAGAGAAGCCUUACAAAUGUAAUGAAUGUGGCAAGGCCUUUACCCAAUUUGCAAACCUUACUAGACAUCAGAAGAUGCAUACUGAAUAGAAACAUUGUAAAUCCAACAUAUGUAGAAAUGCUAUUAUCCAAAGAUCUAGCAGUGGGGAUCAUCAGAGAAAUUUGUAGUGAAGAGAAACCUCACAAAUGUAAUGUGUAUGGUAAAACCUUUAAUGUGUGUUCAUGACUUAAUAUCAAAGAAUCCAUACUGAAUAGAAACCAUAUUAAAGGCAUAUAUUUGCAGGGUUCCCAUUUAAUUAGACACCAGAAUAUGCAUCUUUGAAAGAAACCACAAAAAUGUAAUGGACAUGGCAAGGCUUUUAUCCAAAGAUCAAGCAUAUGUAAUGUCUUGUACUAGAGAAACCACAUAAAUAUAAUGAAUAUGUUAAACUUCUAUCAGAUAUUCAACUGUUUACUAAGGUUUCUUCAACUGUAAACUAAGGUUUAAAACAUACAAAUGUAUUAAAGAUGGCAAGUCCUUUAGACAAUGGUCUGACCUCAAGAUUCAUCAAAGAAUUGAUAUUGUAGAAAAACCUUAAAAAUGGAAUGAUGUGAUUGAUAAAUUGUUUAAAAAUUUCUCACAAUCGGCUAUACAUCAGAUAAUUCAUAGUAGAGAAAACAAUCUCUAAGUUCUUCUGAAAGAUUAUUCAAUUAAAUUCUAAAUGUUAAUAGUGAUUAGUUAAAAAUCAAAAUAGUAAUACCUAUAGUGACUAAGUUACAAGGCUAUCUAUGAAAAAGCCAAGUUACUGUUGAUGAUUUUCAUCCUGAGCUUUGAAAUCUGUUCAUGUUAUACCUUCAUUGCAAUCCUUUCAUUUCACCAUGAAAAUCUCUUGGAAGGGUUGAAUAAGAUAAAAGGGCAAACUUCAUUAGGUGACAUUCAUCCGUGUCCAGAGUUUCCUGCAAGAACAAGAACAGUGAAUUUAUAAUACAAUACAAUAUAAAUUUGAAUGACAGCGUGGGUGGCAUAUAGUGGAUGUAAAACUACGAUCUAAGUCAUCAAGAUUAAUGUGUUAAGGACUGUCUUAUCCAGAUUUGUUGGUAUGAGGCUUUUAUAGCGGAACUGAGGAGAGGGUACUGAAUGUGGCUUAAACUUUCCACCAGUGCCAUAGAAAGAGUACAUAGGCUAUCUAAUCAGCUUACCUAAUUGGUAGAAUGGUAGGACGGAUGGGUGAUUUGAAGCUGUUAAUAGUCAAAUAAUGAAAAAUGAAGUCAGAAUGGGGCACCUGGGUGGCUCAGUCGAUUAAGUGUUGGACUCUUGAUCUU